AUAUGUAGCAUGAUAUCUCAAAUCAGGGAAAGCACAAAGCAGUCACCAAAGUUGACACACACACGCACACUCCCAGAAGUCAUUGCGUUAUCGUUGCGUUUCGAAACUGAAUGUAAUGCACCUCAUAUCGAAAUCUCAACUCAAUACGGAGAAACCACAGACAAGCGUAUAACCGGCAGGUCUGGACAAUCAAAACCUUCAACUAAAGUGACUAUGCCUUCCCGAAUGGACGAUGUUAUGCGCCUAUGCAGUAACUUAUCAGCAAAUCAGAAGAUAAAAGUUGCAGUGAAGAAUUCGGGCAAAGGUGCUGCUGUUGCUGGGGGAACUGCUUUCAUCGGAGGACUACUUGGAGGCCCCCCUGGACUUGCCGUAGGGGGUGCAGUGGGUGGACUCCUCGGUUGCUGGAUGACCAGUGGGCAGUUUAAGCCCCUCCCACAGAUCCUCUUGGAGCUGCCACCUAACCAGCAGCAGAAACUCUACUCUGACAUCAUGUCCGUGCUCGGCUCGCUGGACUGGACAGACGUGGUGCAGUUGACUGCUCUGGUCAUGGGUAACGCCACACUCCAGCAGCAGGUGGUUGCCAUGCUGCUCAGUUUUGCCACGAAUGAGCUGAAAGCUGAGGUACGGUACGGAGAUUGACCAUCAGAGGACUUCACUAGAGGAGAUGAACAUAACUGACCUACUCUCUGGAACAAAUGUGAUGCUUACAGAACAGUUUUAUAAGCUACUUUAUGAAGGCAUUGACAAUGCAGAUAUUUGGGGUUUUUUUACCACCAAAAUGCCUUCCGCCUAUUUAAUGUUCUGUUCUACAAAUCAUGCUCAUAAUUCAUUAUGUGUCCAAUAACAUGUCUAAUGUCUAAUGGUCAUGUUAGCAACUAAGGAACAGAAGUUUGUCUCUUUGGCUGAGAACGUUAUUAGGUAGGCACCUUAAAAACACAUCAAUCCUCAAAAAAGUGCCUCUCUGCUCAGAACCAUGUCUACAUUACCUUACAUACCAUUAAACUAAAUUAUUAGAAAGGA